AUGGCGUCCUCGAAUGGCAAGGUCGCGAACUCGAGAGAGCGAGUUGUUCUGACCCCUGAGCGGUCGAGUCCAAGGAAAACGGGUCGGAUCCGUUGGACUGUUGGGCUGUUGGUUCGCCUGUGCAUCUGGUAUUUUUUGUUGACGCCUUUCUUCCGAUGCCCGUCCCAGACGUCCGAGUUGAACGAAUCGUCACCGCGAAUCUGCAAACCGUACUUGGUCGCAAAGUCCUACGUUGAACCUCACGUCGCUCCUUACUACCAUGCCCAUGCCGCUCCUUACGUUGACGCUGCGCGUCCAUACGUCCAUGUCCUGAACGAGAAGGUUUACACCCCGGCCUCGAACAUUGCGAAGCAGGGGUACGAGGCCUAUGGUGCUCCGGCGCUCGACCGGGCUCAGGUUUAUGGUCAGCAGCAAUGGGACGCAAAUGUUGUGCCCCAUAUCGAAAUUGCAAAGGGCAAGGCAUCGGAUUGGUAUAAGCUCCAGGUGGCGCCGCAUGUGGAAUACGCCACGGUCACUGUAUCGCCAUAUUACCACAAGGUCCAUGGAGCGUACUGGACAACCCUGAAUGGGUAUAUCCUACCUUUCGCUGCAAAGUACCAGCCAUUCAUCGGCAAAACGUACACCUCUGGUCAAGAAAUCCUGACCACGCAGGUCAUGCCUCACGCGCAAAGCGUCUGGUCUUCCACUUUGAGUUUUAUCAACUACUCUUUCUGGCCCAAGGUGUCCAACCUCUAUUCGGAGAAUGUGGAGCCUCAGCUUGUAAAGAUCGGCCAGAGACUCGCGAGUUAUCGUGAGGGGAGCCGGCUGCGAAGCGUGGCGGAUGAGGUCGAGAGUUCCGCGGGAUACUCUAGCACGUCUUCGUCCACCUCAAUCAAGGUUAGCACAACUGUUGCGCCAACUUCAUCCUCUGUCUCUGAAACUCCCACUCCUUCUCUAUCGCCCGCGGAGCUGGCAGCACAGCUCCGCAAGAAGAUCACCUCUGAUCUCACCACCUUUAAAGAGAAGUUUGCUUCGGCCUCUGAGAAAGGAGUCGCAAGCCUCGAAAGCCGAGUAGUCGAGAUUGUCGACACUUACUUGGCAGGUGGGGCCCAGUCCGACGGAGAUAAGCUUGUGGCGGCUUUGGAGAGUGCCGUUGAAGAUCAAACGAGCGCCAUCAAACGUCACAUCAGCGCUCUAACCGAAUCUCUGCCAUUCGCAGACGCCCCCGAAGAAGAAGCAGCCGCUAUUGAGGAGCUGCUCAAAGAAAUUAGGAACUCAGCUGUAUCCAUCAGAGACCGAGCUCAUGUCAUUAGAGAAUGGCACGCUUCAUUCGAGGAGGGUCUUAUCCGCCAGGUCUCGGCCACCGUGAACUCUACACUGGCAGUUCUGGAUAAUGUCCGAGACCUCGGUCUGCAAGAGAUUGGAAUGAGAUGGGCCUGGAUGGAUGGUGUCACUUACAAGGACUGGGAGGAUUACCACGCCUUAAAGGAUGAAUUCGAAGACUGGAAGGGUAAAUUCCGUGAGAUCGGUCUACAACACGCACGAAUCGAAUCUGCCAAGGAUACUGCGGAUGAAGCCCUUUCACGCGGUAUGGACGUCGCCGAGGCCGCAGCCAAGGAGUUAGCCAGAUUGAAGGAAGUUGGGCGGUGGAAGAUCGCUGCCCGGGAGGUCAGCGAGGAUUUCGAUACCAGAUCCGAGCCUCCACCACCCCUUCCAAAGCCUGCUAGCGCUGAAGAGGAUAUCCCGGCCGCGCAGGAUGAAGAUCAGGAGGUCCUUUCAAACACUGAAGAACCAACUGCAGAUGUGAACGACACUGCUGAUGAUGCCAAUGCGGAAAUUGACGCCGAAUCCCCAGAGGUUGACAACGCCGAGAAAUCUACCGAGAACCAGGACACUGGCUCGGAUGACGAAUCGCUUUCUAAUGACAAGGCUGAGUCCGACGUGGUCAUUGAACAAGAAGCCACAGACGACGACAACCAGGACAACGCCGGAGCCCCAGAGUCCAAUGAAGAAGCCGAGGGAUUUAACAAGGGCCCUUUUGGUGCAGCCGCUUCAGUCAUCCCUGAAGAAGCAACAGACUCUGGCUACGACACAGACAACCUGGACCAAGACGAAAUUGUUGAGGCCGAGGCCACAAAGCUCUCAGAAGCAGUAGAUGCCGAGGUUUACAAUACAGGCCCAGCGGCAAGCCAAGAGUCUCAGUCCAUCGAGGACCUUCUCUCCCAUAUACUUGGCGAUACAAAUUCAGACUUCGCCGAAAAGGUCCUGGAGAGACUUAAUGCCAUGAAUCACAACGCGAACCCGAACCAGGAGUCUGCUUCGUCAUCUAAUGACAAGGUUGAGGACGAUUCCGAAACCCCAGAGCAGCCACAAGCCGCGGAUGCCAACGAUGAUCAAUCCGCCCGGAAUGAUCUCUGA